AAUCAAACUCAAAUGGAAAGAAUUCUCUUCCUUCUUUAUAAUGAUGACGGCCAGAAUGAUCAGAAAACAAAACCCAGAAACCAAAAUUAGAAGAAAACCCAUAAAAAAUAUAUCUAAUGGACACCUCUGCAACAGAAAUUGUAUUUUUUGGCUUAGAAACAACACUACCCAAUAGAAUUGGACAAAAAUUAUGGGUAUUGGAAUUUGGUGCAAUUAUAGUAUGUCCAAGAAAACUUGUUGAAUUAGAAAGUUUUAGUACCCUAAUUAGGCCUAAAGAUUUAUCUGUCGUUGCAUUGAAGUCUAGCAGAAGUGAUGGGAUAACUAGAGAAGCUGUGGCUAAUGCACCUAUUUUUGAAGUUGCAGAUAAGAUAUUCAGUAUUUUGAAUGGGAGAAUCUGUGCAGGGCAUAAUAUUCAAAGAUUUGAUUGUAUACGAAUUAAGGAAGCAUUUGCAGAUAUUGGUAUGGCUGCACCUGCUCCUGUCGGUAUGAUUGAUUCUUUGGGGGUUCUGGGUGAGAAGUUUGGUAGAAGAGCUGGUAAUUUAAAGAUGGCAACUUUGGCUACAUACUUUGGGCUUGGGCAGCAAAAGCAUAGGAGUCUUGAUGAUGUUCGCAUGAAUUUAGAGGUCCUAAAGCACUGUGCUACUGUUUUAUUUUUGGAAUCAAGCCUUCCAACACUAGUGAAUAAAAAAUGGCAAAGCUCUUCCACAAUUAGGACUCGUAGCAGAAGCAUUGGGAAUUGCAGUGUUGAGAAGAAAGCAGCCGCAAGUCUCCUCCUUCCACUAUUGGCUGCCAAAGAACAGUUCCUUAUACAAGAGGAAGUCUAGGAAAGGUGACAGAAGGGGUAAAGAAUUUGUUUUGCAAGGCUCAAGAGACAAAAUCCAUUAACAAGUUAAUUAAGCACUCUCAUUCUUUGCUUAGAUGAUCAAUAAUUUAGAACUAGUUUUUUAAUUUGUAAUUGGCAAGAAAGAAAUCUUGAUAAGGUGGGUCCUAACUCCUGAUUAUAAGACAUUUGGAUCAUCCAAAUUUCUUUGAAGUAGCUUGGAAAUGUAUGAAGAGCUUAUUCCAUAGGACCAACGACAAUUGUAUUUAUUUAUUUUUCAACUAAUUGCAUGAUUGAUUCUUUUUA